AUGGCAAGGAACAGUCUGAGCCCAGCCAAAAGAGACGACACAGCGCCAGCUCAAUAUGAAGACCAAAGUCUGAAGGGCAUCAUCGACGACUCCCCCUUCCUCUCGUUCCAUCGGGACAUCGUUCAAAUCCCCUCUAUCUCCAAGGAUGAAGCCAAAGUUGGCACAUUCAUCGCUGAGUUCCUGGAGGCGCAUAACUUCACCGUGGUCAAACAACCCGUAUCAACCAGCUCGAGUGAUUCGAAGGCUGACGAAAAGGCACCGUUCAACGUGUUCGCCUAUCCAUCUGGCUCCUCUCCCGAGGAUUCACAGGUCCUUCUCACAAGCCACAUUGACGUUGUCCCUCCAUAUAUCCCAUACUCCGUGCGCAAUGGCAACAAAACCGGAGACUCCAACAGUGUGAUCGUAUCUGGCCGCGGCUCGGUCGAUGCAAAAGCCAAUGUCGCUGCUCAAGUCUUUGCUGCCUUGGAGAGGCUUUCAGAAUCGCCCUCAACGCCUCUCGCCCUCCUCUUCGUCGUGGACGAAGAAGCAGACGGUAUGGGGAUGCGCACCUUCUCGGCGAAUAGAACCCUCUAUGACCCAGAGAGCAGCAAAUAUCGCGGCAUCAUCUUCGGCGAACCGACAGAUGGCGCGCUUGUUUCUGGACACAAAGGAACACUGGGAUUCACGGUGCGCAGUGUCGGUCGGGCUGCACAUUCGGGGUAUCCAUGGCUUGGAUCGAGUGCAAUCUCGUCGAUUCUUCCAGCAUUGUCCUUGCUGGAUAAGUUAGGGGAUAUCCCUCCUCGCGAGGGUGGGCUGCCCAGUUCAGAAAAGUAUAACCGGACAACGGUGAAUAUCGGCCUUAUAGCAGGCGGCGUGGCAUCGAAUGUAGUUCCUGCGUCUGCGAACGCGACCGGACUAGUUCGACUGGCAGCAGGAACUCAUGAAGACGCCGCAGAGACUAUUACCUGUGCCGUGCGUCGUUCGGUGGCAGAGAUCAAGGACGCGAAUGUGACGGUUGAGUUUGAAAAGGACGACAAGGGCAAUGUCCUUGGAUAUCCGCCCCAGAAUCUCGAUACAGAUGUCCCUGGGUUCCCAAUCGCAGCAGUUAACUAUGGAACAGAUAUUCCAAACCUCGAGGUGGCCAGCAAUGUGAAGCGGUACCUUUACGGGCCUGGGAGUAUCCAUGUGGCCCAUUCCGACCAUGAGGCCCUUACUGUGGGGGAAUUAAAGGAUGCGGUUAAGGGGUAUAAGAAACUAAUCGAUGCUCUCGCCUCUGAUUGA